UGCUGGAUGGGGCAGAGUGGGGCGUGGCGCCUGUGGUCGGUUGUGAGGGAAAUGGCGGCUGCAGCUGGGCCCCCCGAGGUCCGGACUAUUGUAUCUCGCUCUGUCCGAGCCCAGAACAUUGUCCCCCGCCUUCAGCACGGCCGCUAUACCGGGCAUGGGCCAACCAGGGUGUCGCAGAUUCCAGAUUCUUUGCUGAGAGAAAGGGACAAAACUGCGAAGUGGAAUGGGAUCCCACAUCUGGUGCAAAAACUAUAUACAAACAGCCAACCUAACAAUGAAGGGUUGUUACUGUGCCAUGGAAUUUUAAAGGAGAUUGCUCCACUUCUUUCAAUGGAAGCAAUGGCAUUUGUGACUGAGGAUGGGAAAGGUGCCCAGGAGUCCAAAUUUCCCAAUACACAUGUAUUUGAUCUGUUUGGUGGAGUAGAUCUUUUAGUUGAAAUCCUUAUGCGGCCAACACUUGCACCACAGAAAAAGAAGCAGAAAAUGAAUGAAGACUUGAUAAAGGAUUGCCUAAGCAUAUUAUACAACACGUGUAUUUGUACGGAUGGAGUAACAAAGCGCCUCUCAGAACGGAAUGACUUUGUGCUAUUCCUCUUCACACUUAUGACAAAUAAAAAGACCUUUUUGCAAACUGCUACACUUAUAGAAGAUAUCCUGGGAGUGAAAAAGGAGAUGAUACAACUGGAAGAUAUCCCAAAUCUUGCAAACCUAGUGGCCAGUUUUGAUCAACAGCAACUUGCGAAUUUCUGCCGAAUUCUGUCAGUCACUAUCUCUGAGCUGGAUACAGGAAAUGAUGACAAGCAUACACUACUUGCCAAAAAUGCACAGCAGAAGAAAUCUGCAGGCCCGUCACGAGCUGAAAUCAACCAAGUUACCUUGUUGAAUAUUCCUGGAUUCAUUGAGCGAUUGUGUAAAUUGGCAACACGGAAGGUCUCUGAGACGACUGGUACUUCAAACUUCUUACAGGAGCUAGAGGAAUGGUAUGCGUGGCUGGACAAUGCAUUGGUCCUUGAUGCAUUAAUGCACAUGGCCACUGAGGAACCUGACCAAAGCAGUAGCACAGAGUCUGCAGAUGAGAGUGUACUGGCCGCCAGCCAGUUGAGGAGUCGGCUCCCACAGUCCAUGAAGAUCAUGCAUGAGAUAAUGUACAAAGUGGAAGUCCUGUAUGUGUUGUGUGUACUACUAAUGGGAAGGCAGCGAAAUCAGGUUCAUAAGAUGUUAGCAGAAUUUCGACUUAUUCCUGGACUUAAUAACCUAUUUGACAAACUGAUAUGGAGGAAACAUUCCACUAAUCAUGUAUUGCAUGGUCAGAAUCAAAUCUGUGACUGCAGUCCAGAGAUUUCUCUGAAAAUCCAAUUCCUGAGAUUGCUUCAGAGUUUCAGUGAUCACCAUGAGAAUAGGUAUCUAUUAUUGAACAGCCAGGAGUUGAAUGAACUUGGUGCAAUCUCACUCAAAGCUAAUAUUCCUGAGGUAGAAGCAGUUGUUAACACUGACAGAACUCUGAUUUGUGAUGGGAAGAAAGGACUUCUGACAAGGUUAUUACAAGUGAUGAAGAAAGAACCUGCAGAAUCCUCUUUCAGAUUCUGGCAGGCAAGAGCAGUUGAGAGUUUUCUACGAGGAGUGACUUCUUAUGCUGACCAGAUGUUUCUUUUGAAACGUGGCCUGCUGGAGCACAUUCUUUUCUGCAUUAUCGACAGUGAGUGUAAAUCCAGGGAUGUAUUGCAAAGUUAUUUUGAUCUUUUGGGUGAGCUGAUGAAAUUCAACAUUGAUGCCUUCAAGAGGUUUAAUAAAUAUGUAAACACAGAAGAGAAGUUUCAGAUAUUUUUGAAUCAGAUCAACAGUUCUUUAGUGGAUUCUAACAUGCUGGUUCGCUGUAUUGUGUUGUCCUUGGACCGAUUUGAAAGUCAAACAGAUGCUGUAAAAGUUGCAGAAGUCAUUUCCCAGUGCUGCCUGCUAUCCUACAUCUCACGUGUGGAAAACAGACUCUCAUUUCUUUUCCGGCUAAUUAAUAUUAUUCAAGUACAGACGCUCACCCAGGAAAAUGUUAGCUGUCUGAACACGAGCCUGGUGAUCUUAAUGUUAGCGAGACGCAAGGGCAAACUGCCAUUCUAUCUGAAUGCUUUACGGGAAAAGGAGCACUGCGAGAAAUAUCCAGGCUUCCUCCUCAAUAAUUUCCACAGCUUGUUGCGCUUCUGGCAAGAGCAUUACCUCAACAAAGAUAAGGACAGCACAUGCCUGGAGAAUAGCUCUUGCAUUAGCUUCAGUUACUGGAAAGAGACAGUAUCGCUGCUCCUAUGUCCUGACCAGACAUCUCCUUGUGCAAUCAUUAGCUACAUUGAUGAAGUGUACAUGAACAUUGAUAAAGACUUCACUGAAGAUUGAUAUGCAGCUUGUGGACUAACUGGACUAAUGCUUCACAAACAGCUGCAAAGUGAGCCCAAGACUAUGGAUAUUCAGACCUUAUUGUCUGAUGUUUUUCCACACCUGCACUUGGAUGUGGAAGAGCUGGCUAGUGAUUUUUGCAGUUGUUUUUAUUAUAACCAUGAAUUGAUGCCUUUUGUCUUUAUUAACAUCCUUUUGGGUUAUUGGAACCUGUAUGUUACUGACUUGGGGAGGAAGAAAGAUAUUCCAUCAUUGGGUGCAAGAGUAAAAGCUGCUUGAGAGCCAGCACUGCUUUGGGCCAAACAUACUGUGGAGCACUUUUAAAAUCGUUUUUUGAAUAUCCCGUUCUAAUUUGGUAUUUUAAAUAUUGACUUUGAAAUGUGUCACUUUGCAUCUUCCGAUCUAAAAGUCUUUGUUAUGGGAAGAAGCUAUUGGCUAAUGGCAACUUUCAGUGUAAUCGCAGUGGCAAAGUAUAUUGAGAGUUUAAAAUUAAUAUUUCAUUCACAGCAUUGUUUAUUUUAAGUACAUUGGUGAAACUCAUUUGCUGUUAUCAGGGUUUCAAUGAGCUGUUUCUCUUCUGGAAUCUGCUUUCAAGCAUCAAGCCUAAAAUUUAUUGAACAUGUACAGCUUAUUAAAUACUGAGUUUAUAAUAUAUACUGUGUAUUAAUAACUCCCAGAA